AUGGUACGUGAGCAAUACACAACAGCCACAGAGGGCACCCACAUUGAAAGGCCAGACGACCAGAAUGUUUAUAAAAUCGGCAUUUACGGCUGGAGAAAACGUUGUCUCUACUUAUUUGUUCUUCUUUUGCUCGUCAUCUUAGUUGUGAAUUUGGCUCUUACAAUUUGGAUCCUCAAAGUGAUGUGGUUUUUUCCAACAGGGAUGGGUCAUUUGCGUGUAAAUCAAGAUGGACUUCGCCUGGAAGGGGAGUCGGAAUUUUUGUUCCCGUUGUAUGCCAAAGAAAUACACUCCAGACUGGACUCCUCUCUGCUUCUGCAGUCAACUCAGAAUGUGACCUUGAAUGCCCGCAACUCUGAAGGAGAGGUCACGGGCAGGCUAAAAGUCGGUCCAAAAUUGGUUGAAGUUCAAAGUCAACAGUUUCAAAUCAACUCUAAGCAAGGCAAACCACUGUUCACAGUUGAUGAAAAGGAAGUUGUAGUUGGUACAGAUAGACUUCGAGUGACUGGACCUGAAGGAGGUCUUUUUGAACAUUCAGUGGAGACUCCACUUGUCCAAGCUGACCAUUCUCCAGAGCUGAGGUUAGAAUCCCCCACCCGGAGUCUCAGCAUGGAUGCCCCCAGAGGUGUUCAUAUCAGAGCGCGUGCUGGGAAGAUGGAGGGCCUCUCUCAAAAGGAUAUCAGAUUGCAUAGCAGCGAUGGGAUGCUUGUGCUGGAUGCUGAAACCUUGUGUUUGCCCAAGUUGGCUCAGGCGACUGGAGGUCCCUCUGGCAGCUCAGAAGGGCUCUAUGAAAUCUGUGUUUGUCCAGAUGGGAAGCUUUACCUGUCUGUGGCUGAUGUGGGCACCACGUGCCAGGAAAACAGCCUCGUCUGUCUCUAA